AUGGACAGAGUGAGGAGGAAACGAGAAGCCAAUUUACGGCGUCCUGAUAUCAUUGAUCUGCACCAAGAUCAUUGCCUUAUGAAUAACGAUACGCUUGCAAAGUCAGUACUAGAAUACAUAAUGCUAUCGUACGAUCGUAAAACAGUACCAAUUGCGGAAGGCGUUGAUGUGAAAGUGGAUCUCAUUAUACAAGCCAUUACAAGUAUUUCUGAAAUUGCGUCAAGUUUCACUGCUGAUGUCUUGUUCAGUCAGAUAUGGCUGGAUCCGGGACUUUCGUUCGAAAACAUGACAACAGAUCUAACUUCGUCAAACUUGUUCAUUGACAUACCAAGAAGUCGUGAGAAAAAGAAUCAGUACGAAUAUCUCUUGGAAAGGGAAGGAUGUUUUGAUGAUUUGCAUGAGUGCUAG